AUGGCUCCAAAUAGACGAGAAGAAAUCAAAAGAAAACAAGAGCUACAAGCAAAGUUUCAAUUUAGUAUAGCUCAAAACAAUAAUUUAGCAUUGAAUUGGCUAAAACCUAAAAAACAAGUAGAGUCAGAGGCAGAACAACCUACAGAUGAUACUCAAAAUGAAUUUUUAAAAUUAAAAGUUAUUCCAAGUGGGAAAAGCUUAGCUUCUGCUGGCAAUAAAGUACAAACAGUUGGUGAUUUUUUAAAUUCUAGAGACAUUAAUAAUUUAAAGGAUACUAGUAAUAAUCAAAAUAAUGAGACCGACAAAAAUAACGCGAAAAAUGGUGGAAGUAUUGCUAUGAAUGCCUUGUUAAAUAAAAUGAGGAAUGAAAAUAGGAGUAAGUUGAAUAAUAAUCAUAAACCAGACAAUUACAAUAAUUCUACUUCCGCUAAGAAAAAGAAAUCUACUAAGUCAUCUUCUGCUUCAUCUCAAGCCCAUCAAAUCGAUUCAGACUCAGAUUCAGAUUCAGAUAGAGAAGCUAGAAAAUCAAGAUCAGUCAAAACCAACCUUAAAGUAAACAAGGUUGGCAAGAAAGGGGCUCGACCGUUUUAA